AUGAAGCGUCAAGCCACAAAGGACGCCGGAGUUAUUGCUGGCUUGAACGUUUUGCGUAUCAUCAACGAGCCGACCGCAGCAGCUAUCGCCUACGGUCUUGACAAGAAGGCAACCAGCGUUGGAGAGAAGAACGUCUUGAUCUUUGAUCUUGGUGGUGGUACUUUCGACGUCUCCCUUCUCACCAUUGAAGAAGGUAUCUUCGAAGUGAAGUCAACAGCCGGAGAUACCCAUCUUGGUGGUGAAGAUUUCGACAACAGAAUGGUUAACCACUUUGUGCAAGAGUUUAAGAGGAAGAACAAGAAGGAUAUUAGCGGUAACCCGAGAGCUCUUAGGAGGUUGAGAACAGCUUGCGAGAGAGCAAAGAGGACUCUUUCUUCCACCGCUCAGACCACCAUCGAGAUUGACUCUCUGUUUGAAGGAAUUGAUUUCUAUUCUCCAAUCACCCGCGCUAGAUUCGAGGAGCUUAACAUGGAUCUCUUCAGAAAGUGUAUGGAGCCUGUCGAGAAGUGUCUCCGUGAUGCCAAGAUGGACAAGAGCACAGUGCAUGAUGUUGUCCUUGUCGGUGGUUCUACUCGUAUCCCCAAGGUUCAGCAAUUGCUCCAAGACUUCUUCAACGGCAAGGAGCUCUGCAAGUCUAUCAACCCCGAUGAGGCUGUGGCAUAUGGUGCAGCCGUUCAGGCUGCGAUUCUAAGCGGUGAAGGAAACGAGAAAGUUCAAGACCUUCUCUUGCUUGAUGUCACGCCUCUCUCCCUUGGUCUUGAAACCGCUGGUGGUGUCAUGACCACUUUGAUCCAGAGAAACACGACGAUCCCGACCAAGAAGGAACAGGUCUUCUCUACCUAUUCAGACAACCAGCCAGGUGUGUUGAUCCAAGUCUACGAAGGUGAGAGAGCCAGAACCAAGGACAACAACCUCCUCGGUAAAUUCGAGCUAUCUGGAAUCCCUCCGGCUCCACGUGGUGUCCCACAGAUCACGGUCUGCUUCGACAUUGAUGCGAAUGGUAUCCUCAACGUCUCUGCCGAGGACAAGACAACCGGGCAGAAGAACAAGAUCACCAUCACUAACGACAAGGGUCGUUUGUCCAAGGACGAGAUUGAGAAGAUGGUUCAGGAAGCGGAGAAGUACAAGUCCGAAGACGAGGAGCACAAGAAGAAGGUUGAGGCCAAGAACGCUCUUGAGAACUACGCUUACAACAUGAGGAACACGAUCCGUGACGAGAAGAUCGGAGAGAAGCUCCCGGCUGCAGACAAGAAGAAGAUUGAGGACUCAGUUGAGGAGGCAAUCCAAUGGCUUGAUGGUAACCAAUUGGGUGAAGCAGACGAGUUUGAAGACAAGAUGAAGGAGUUGGAGAGUGUUUGCAAUCCAAUCAUCGCGAAAAUGUACCAAGGAGCUGGGGGUGAAGCAGGUGGUCCCGCCGCUGGAAUGUACGACGAUGAAGCUCCUCCAUCCUCAGGCGGUGCUGGCCCCAAGAUCGAGGAAGUCGACUAA